CUUACGGUCGAUCCAUGGCUUUCGCUUGAACCCCUCCUUGAGGAUCUUUGUUCAUCAAGGAUGUUAAUUUCUUCUUGAAUUUUGUCCAAAGCACAUCAACUGAAGCAUUAGGAAUAUUGGACAAGUCUUCAUGUAGCUCGCAUAGCUCCUCUCUGAGACCCUUGUAAUUAGCCUUGUUGUAUGUGAAGACUUUUCUCUUGAGUGGAGGUGUCUUGUGGGGUCGUAGACUAGCUUCCACGUAGACUGCCUCAUGGUCCGAAAUUCCUGGAAUGACUUUAGUUGUAUUGAUAAGUGAUGUUUAUGUUUAUGUCAUAUCGCAAAUGCAAUUGUUUCUUCGUAUUUGGAGUAUACCGCUAAAAUGUCUACGUCCCCGUGAGGGGUUUGACAUUAUUGGAAGAUAGAUUGUAGGCCUAUAUGUACAUCAUUAAUGUGAGUUCUUUGAUCAAAAGCCAUCUGUGUAAAUGUAACGUCCGAACUUCGACUAGACGAAUAUCUGUUCAUUAAAAUGGGUGUCAGACGUUUCACCACAUCAAGUUAAUUUAAACACUUAAAGCUUUUCCUGACAAAUCAAUGAAUAACAUUUAAAGUUAAUUUUCCGUCGACUGCUAAAUGGAUCAAUUGAAAGGGAAGAAACUUGUUCCGUCACCGCCUACAACAACAACCAACAUGGCAGCCUCCAUGCUGAAAAGUUUGGGGUCAAAUAAAAUCUUACGUUUAUGUCGUAUUUCAGAUUUCUACAGAACUUUCUUGUCAGAUUCAUAUAAAUGUGACCAACUUUGGAAAGAAAGAUUGAAAUCACAGUACUUGCAGAAAAUAGAUCCUAAAACAUUUGGUAUACAGCUGUUGGAUAGUUUUGAAGAAACAAAGACACUGCAUGCUGUUGACAUCGACCUGUUUGUGAACAAGAUUCAAGACCUGCCAUCUUCAUUUACUUACCUGGUUAAUGAUGUCCUUCACAGAUUCCGCCACUGUAGUACAAGUGUCCCGAUACAGGAUAGCAUUAUGCAUGCCAUUGUACGAGGACACCUUAUGAACGGUCAGCUGGAUAAUCUACUAGAACUGAUUAAAGACAAGUCCAAGUAUGGAGUUUUCCCAGAUGAUCAUUCAAUGUGUAUGCUUCUGGACCAUUACAUUAAAAAUGAAGAUUACAAAGCUGCAGCACAGUUGGCGUAUGAUGUCAUGUUACAGGAGGAGUAUGAGAACCAGAUGAAAAAUCUCCUCGCGCUCUAUGCAGCCGUCAAACAUUUCUCUGGUACAAUGGACCUAGAGAGACCCGAACCUGAACCAGCAAAUGAAGAUGAGGAAGUGGAGUAUAUAGCAGUAAAAGUGAUCCGGAAUCCAUACUACGAUGAUCAUUUUGAUAUAAAGGAUGAGAGGUUCCUUCUUGGCAAGACUUUGUACAAUAUUAGCAAAAACACAGCAACAUUGGAUGGUGCCUUCUCCAGGUCACUGCAGCUGAUUGGUCUAGGACUUUAUGAAAAAUUUGAAUUAGCCAAUCAGCUUUUAGAAGAAUGGAUUGCUGAUGAGACAAUAAAAGAUGUAGUUUAUAGUAAAGCAUUAGAACAAUACAGUGAAUUUUUGAACUCGGCACCAACACGGGACCCUGACGCUGAAGCUAUAAGUAUGGGAGAUAAGACAAUAGAUGAUGAGAUAGAGCUUCUAAAAUUGACACCUGAAGCCAAAACUUUCUGUCUGACUAAACUGCAGACACUAACAUUGUCUCUAAGUAAAGACAGAUCACCAGAUGAAAAUAUUGAAGAAAAGGUUGAAACUUUCCUGACAAGUGGGACAUUCUCUAAAUAUGAGAAAGAAGACAUUAAAAUACUGACUGAGAACUACAAACAGUGGAUGUUAGAUAGGGAUAAAAAUGUUGUGGAAUAUUUGAAAGAAAAGAAGAGACAAGAAAUUGAGGAAGGUAUUCAUGCCAAACUUGCUGCACUGCAGGAGCGGGAAGAACUGUUGACAUAUUUUGCUAAUAUUGAUGAGAUUCAGCUCAGCUUGAGACAUCAUAAAGAAGAAGUGAUAGUUGUCAAGGAGAAAGAAGAAUAUGUAGAGGCACCAGGAGAGAGAAACGUUAAACUGGCCAUUAAGAGGAAGAGGUAAAAUACCGUGCAAAGUUAUUGGACUUUAUUUGUUUGGGAACAAAAUGUUGAUGUGCAAAACAAGAAUGGCCCAAUGGCUAUUACAGUGUAUUUGUUCAUUAUCUAUUUUUCUCAUCCAGUCAGCAAUUUGCAUUUGUACCACAAGACCUUCUAUAAUGGAUACAGUAUGAUGCAACAACUUUGGUUUGAAAGUCUGUGUUAAGUAAAGGACAAGAGCUGUUGAUGGUUAAAAAGUAUCUGGGAGAAAUUCAGUGCGAGUAAGUGCAUGAUGUGAUGAUCCUGUAUGCCUUCUGUAUAGAGAAUCAUGUUAGUAUUUAUUUACUAUUGCUUUUAUUCUCUUUACUGAGAAAAAUACAUAUACAAUAAAAAAAUUAUUAAACGUUAAUACAGGACAUAUUUGGACUAGCACACAUCCUAAAACAUAUAAGAAAUGCCUAUCGACUUGUCCAAUGUAUUUGUUCAAGUGGGUACUCUUCAAAUAUAUUACCGUAUCAAACAGAACAAUGUUAAAUAACCUGAUAGUUGUAAUAUUUUUUCUAGUAGUUUUAAAAUGCUUAUGAGAAUAGACAUUGAUUUCAGAAAAUAAAAGAAGAAAAAAAUGAAUGAUGAGUUUUCAGGAUUUAUACAACAGGCUUAGAAUAUAACUUGACUCUUCCUCAAACUAUUAUGUGAAGUGCUCCCAGGAAAAAAAGUGUGUAAUUUAUUUCUAUAUGUUUACAAAAAGUUACAGAUUGAACAUUUUAUGAAAAUAUUUGAAAUUUAUUUUGUCAAUUACAUGGACAUGGCAAAUUUCUUUCUAAAGCAAUGACUUUUGAGUCCUUUCUUUAAAUUUACCAGGAGAAAACAAAACACAGCAAAGGAUUAAACACAUCAUGGUCUGCUUAAUUCAGUAGGGAAAGGGUAGAUCUAUGGAUUGCAGGGUGGUGAGUGUGAUCCCAGAGUGAGAUGUAUGUUCUCAGUGACAAAUGAUAGAAGACAUUGUGUCUGCAAGCAUUCAUCGUCCACCUCAGACUCCCUGACUCAUGUAGGGAAGUUGGCAGUUACUUGUGCAGAACAGGGCCCGGUUGUUUGAAACUUUAAUCGGCUGUUAAACUAACCACCGGUUAAAUUUCGAUUCAAAAUACUCGACUUGAUGGGAAAUACUAGUGUGAUAUUUUGUUUUCAUUGUAAAGAUUUUUCAGUGUUCAUAAUUCUUACCUCAUACAUUUGUUUUUCUAAGUCUUUGGAAAUGUCGAAAAAGUAACCCUAAAGUUAACCAACUGUUAGCUUAAACGCCUGUUAAAGUUUCGAACAACAGGGCCCAGGUUGGUACUGGUACAGAAUCCAGGAACACUGGUUAGGUUAACUGCCAACUGUUAUAUAACUACACUACUAAACCAAAAAAAAACAAAAAAAGAAUAAGAAAACAAGCGAAAAACAUCUUCUAGAAUUUAUUGUACUUUAAGUAUAAAAACAUAUCACAGUUUGAACAUUACACUUUCUUCUCAAAGCAAUUAUGCCAUACAUAAUUUACUGGUACACGGACCACAAGUAACUUCUCUCAGUCAAUGUUAUGUAGAUACAACUUAGUAAAAAAAUAAAGUCAAAAUUUGAAUUUAGUUUUUCUCGUUUACAGGUUCUGAAUAUGAUUAAGUCUAUAUCUUACAGGAAAUAAUUUCUCUUUAAACAUAUUUUUUCCCCAUUUAUGAUCACCUAGUCCUCAUCCUGUUUCAUUUACCAUAAUACGCAGGAAGGAAUGUAACAUGAUGCAUUUUCUUAGAGAUACCUAGUUCCAUGUUCACAAAACAUUUUUUCGGUCCCAUCUGAGUUUAAGAUUGUAAUUUUAAUAGAACUUCAAGAUUACAAUGCAAUUGAGACUGACAAGUCAGUACUGAAAAAUCUUUUGAAAAUAGUAACUUAGAAUUUAAAAUUUUUAACAUGCAAUUUAGAUAUAAAUGACAAAUAAAGUUUCGUUAUCAAACUUAGCUGAGACUUGAAUUGUUUUGUGAACAUUGGGCCUGGACAUUUUUGGAGGUGGGGUGGGGUGGUAGGGAGGUAAUUUUGUCCUACUUAUUUGUUUACUUUGCUCAGUUUGCUAUAAGGAUACAGUAUAGGGUGUUAACGAGGUUGCAUACCUAUCAAAUGAUGAGAUUUUCAGAUGCUUUAGUUUAUAUUUCUAAUAGGCAUCAUACUUAAUUGAAAUUUGCUACUUUUGACCUGAAGAUGAUAAAUUUAAAUGAGCAACUUUUGAUUUGAAAUUUCAGUGAUGUACUGUUAGCUGGUGUAUAUCAUUUAUGGUGUUAACAUACUAUAUUCUAGCGUACACAAUAUUUGUCCGGAUGUAAUUCAGUGUAAAAGUAGAUAUAAUUUUAUAAACUUUAAUCUGUUUGGUCUAAGCAGUGCACUUUUGACAGAAGUACAAAAAUGCCAAAAGUCAAAAAUUCAUUCCCUCAUGCUCCACAGGAUAUUGAUUUUGAUAGAAACUGAUGAUGAGUUCGAGCAUAGAGUUUUGUUCGAUUGGUCAGAAAACUAUAAUUGUGGAUUUUGGUUAUUUCUAAUGUACAACAUUGAGGAAAAAUAUAUUGCUAUAUUUUGCAUUUCUACCUUAUCCUUGCUGUGUGAUUGUAAAUAUUCUGAAAGUAUUUUAACACGUAUCUGCUGCUGUUGCUUUCACCUUGAUUUUUCCAAAAAAAAAAUGAAUCCGUUUUCUUCGUCCUUCAAACUAGACCGAACAAAUGCAAGGUAAAAGCUCUGGAAUGGUAUGAAACAUUUAGUGUUGCACCAAAUAACAUCUGGAAUUUCUUUGCCUAUCACUUUAUCCAAAGUACACAUUGUGUUCAACUUCCUAUUGGAUGGCAGUAUUUGUUCUUGUGCUAGUUUCUAUAUCCUGACUGUCCAGAAAGCCUUCAUCCUGCGAAAUAUUUCCAUCCUCCAACUCCUUGGAUUUUCUGUCAUCAUACUGGUCAUACAGGAUGUCUGCUUCAAAUGAAUCAUCUGGGUCUGUUGCAUUCUGGGAACUGUUAUUGAGGUAUGAUAAUACACCCGACACCUGAAAUCAGCCAAG